UGGCGCGGCCUGCGGCAGUACCCAUCUAGCAAAGAGAACCAACAGAACGGCCGACUCUCCACAGCCGUACUUACCAUCGCCAAAGCUGUACCGCCCCUCCGUAUGCCCCCGCCGACGGCCGGCGGAAUCAACGAGCCGCAAGAGUGUCCCUACUGCCGCAGGACAUUCUCUUGUUACUAUUCCUUGAAACGACACUUCCAAGACAAGCACGAGCAGUCCGACACGUUGUACGUGUGCGAGUUCUGCCACCGGAGAUACAGGACGAAGAACUCGCUGACGACGCACAAGAGCCUGCAGCACCGCGGAUCGAGCGGCAUGCUCAAGCGGCUGCUGAAGACGUCGGCGCUGCACAGCGCGCUGGCGCCGGCGCCGCACCACCUGUUCGACCUGGGCGCCAGCGAGCACGCGCCGCAGCUGCCGCCCGGGCUGCAAUGACCUCAGCCCAUGGCCUGAACCGGAGGGAACAGCCCGCGGCGCGCGCGCGGGCCCGCCCCGCCCGACGCGCCGCGGCACGGACAAGGACUCGAACGGGAUACCACUCCAAUGUGCAAUAUUACGGACUAUGCCAAAACGAUGCAGGACUAUGCCGCAUUUUAAUGGUUAAUCGUAUUAUAAUUAGUAAAAUAUUGACGUUAGUUUUAAAUUACGUAAACAGUAUUGUUGCACGCGACUUGUAGAAGUCGUUUAGUGUACGCUUCGACGGUCGGACUUCGCUUUGUGACUAAUCUAUAGGACGAAACGUUACUGGCAUUUUCUAGAGAAAAUGUUCACUCGGUGUUCAAGAUGACAAUGUAAUCCAGAGCAAUACUAAAGUAUUAUUUCUAGUACUGCCAAACUUAUGCCAACUGUAUUCUAAAGAGAAAAAAAAACAUAUUUUAAUCACUAUUCGAUAAAUGUUUAGUGUCAAAUUAGAAUCGGUAACUGUACAAAAAACGAACGUACAAAUUUUAACAGUAAAUUUUUAAAUGCAAAGAAAAUAUUUUUUAAAGAAACUUUUUUCGGACGCCAAAUCUAAAUUAAUGAAAA